AUGCUAACAAAAUUGGACAUUUUCGGUAGUUAAAUUUAGCUAAGAUUUAACAAGUAUUCAACAUAUAAAACUAAAUUUGGCUCGUUUGUCACUAUUUUGAUUAUUGGGUUCAUAUUCUUUCGUUUGUUUUUCAUAAUUUAAGACGUUGUUUAAAGAGUUAAUCCUUAAGUUAUUUAUAGUGAAAGAUAAGUUGAUGAUCCAGCUCCUUUUUAGGUAUCAAGUGAAACUUUUCCUAUAGCUUUCGGUAUGGAAGAUACUGUUACAUCUAAUUAUUAUAUUGAUGAAAGCAUUUAUACUGUUUCCGCUUCAUGGAAUCAAAAGGUAAAAAAACUGAAUGAAACUUCAAAUCUAUAUGAAUAAGAAUGGUAGAAGGUGAAUAUAGAAUUAAAACCUUGUACAUAAGAAAAUUUCAAAAACAAAGACAAUCUUCAUUAUUAUCUAAAAUUGAAUUACACAAAUAUGUAUUGCCUGCCACCAGAUUCAAUUUUUUAAAUCUAAGGAGAUUAUACAUCUGACAUUUAUUCAGAAAUUCAACUAAAAGUUAAAAAAUGCACAUAAAAUUGCAAGCCAGAUGAUGUGAUUAAUAAAUAACUGCUGAAUUCUAAUUUUGCAAUGCAAUUAUCUGACUCUUAUGUGGACCCAACUGUGAAAGAUAAUCCGUUUAAGGUCUAUUCAAGAGAUAUGUUCUGGCCGACAAGCAUUCUUAUGCCAAAAAUAGUGUAUUUGUAUCUGAGAAAUAACUAUGUCUACUCUGAUUUUGGUUGGUUUUUUUCAGAUUUUAUUUCUUAAAGAUUUCCAGCAUACAGUUUUUACGAGUCUUCUAUUUUUCCACCAUAGUUCUAAGAUUACUACUUGAGCAUAGUGUUUAGGUUUGAAAAGCAAAAAGAGGGCUCCUUCAAAAGGUCAUAUUAAAGUUUUAACAAUAUAAUAUCUGAAAUAGGUGGUUUUACUUAAAGUCUCUUAGCAAUAGGAUAUUUGAUAUGUACAAAGGUUUCAUAGCUAAAACUAAAUCAAAGAUUAAUUAAGCAGGCAUUUAAUUUUGAAGACUCAGUUAAAUCAGAUAACAAUACAAAUGAAAAAUAAAUUGUUGUAAAUGAGCUUAAAGAAAAACUGAGAUUCAAUAAAUAAAAUAAUACUUAGCAAAUGAAUACUACUUAGUAACUCUAAGCAGAAUACACACAAAUAAAUUAGAAUUAAUUCAGUCCUCAUAGGAAAUUAACUGAUUUAAAAAAACGAUUUGAUAUUUCUGUAAGUGGCUAGAAUAGCAGAAAACAUUCAGUUAUUAAUACUCCUACUUAAUCAUAUCAAAGUGCUACUAAUAUUUAGAUUGAUCAAUAAUCGCAAUUUUAAUUUUUGCAUAAAACAAAGUAAAAGAAUGAAAAUCAACUCUUUGAUUUAAAAUUUAGAGUUAGUGAUUUGAACUAAAAAACAAUCGAAUCAAGCAAUAAAGUGAAUGAGCAAGGCAUAAAAAUACAGGAUUUAGGCAAAUAAAUAAAUUUGCAAGAUUGUAAAACUAGUUCCCCAAAUCGAAGAUUUUCUAAAAAACAAAAAGACACAGAAAAUAGAAAUAUAACAUAAAAUGAACAAAAGCAAAUUUUAGGUUACCUUCUUUCAGAAAAGUGCGGGAGUUUCAUUAGGAGUCCUUCAAAAAAAAAUACUGAAAUAUUACAAAACUUAAGCUAAAAGUAAGCAAAUAAAUUGAAAAAAAUAAUUUAAAAGUAAGAUGGCAAGCUUGUUGAAGAUUAUUUUUAAAAAUUAAUGAAUGAAUAAACAAACAGCAUGAAAAUGACUGUUUGGGACUACUUCAAAUCCCUUAUUUUUCCUUUUGGGAAGAUGAAAAAAAAGCAAAAAAUCAUUGAUUAUAGUCUAGAAAAGCUCUAUUAAAAACUUGACAUCUUUUACAUAGUAAAAAAGUUAUUUGAAGUGGAUAAAUUAAAAAGACUUUUACUUGACUCUGAUCAAAUAUAGCUAUUUGAAUAUAUGCCAAAACCAACAAUAAAUCCUGAUAUAGCUUAAUAUAAGAGUGGGAAAGAUAAAUAGCAGAGUGAAUUAGAUUUGCUUUAUCAGGAUAACCGAUCUGAAAUUGAAAAGGCAAAAGAUGCUUAUUUUGCAUAUAAGAAUAUAUUAAAUAAAUAAGAUCCUUCUAUUUUAGAUUACAAAAUUAUGAAUUUACUGGAUUCAAAUUUGAUUGGAAUCUUUGGAGGUUUGUCAAGCGAUGAAGAUAUCACCAAUAAUAAUUCAAUCAAGGAUGAAGCUUCUUAAGAGAAUGCUUCAGAAUCAUACUCCCCCUAAUAUAAAAUGUAAUAAACUAACAACACUAAUUAUUGCACUUAAGAAUUUCAACAAAUAAAAUGUAAAGAAAAGUGUUUUAAAGUUGAGAUUUUAUCAAACUUAAGUGAAUUAGAAAAAAGUUGUGACUAAGUCCCAAUAGAAGAAUUACUUUAAUUACCUAAAGAAUUUUAUUCUAAAUAAAACGAAACAGGUUUAAUAUAGUGA